AUGAAAUGCAAAUAUCAACUUUAUGGGGCUAUUUCAAAACUCUUCAAGCCACUAGGAAAAGCGGAGAAAGAAUUCUUAAAGAGAGUGGAGAAAUAUGAGAAAACUAUCUAUUUUAUUGUUGACAAGGAUCAGUGUCAUAUGGAGGCAGUUGAGCCCAGAACUGUCCAGAUCAUGCCCAUGGGAUAUGAGGCCCGGAAGGAAAAGAAAAGUAAGAAAGAAGUUGAAGAACUUGCUGAACAAAUUGGUAUAACUCGGGAAGCAGUACAAAGAGCCAAAGAGAAGAAUAUACUGAAGGAGGAAGAUAUGGUGAAGCCACAAGAUAAACUGGUUCCCACUCCUUCCAAGCAAGCUAAGGUCAAGCAAAGCAAGUCUGCACCUAACUCAGGUGUGCAGAAGUCGGCCCCUCCACGUAAGCCACAAUCAACAUCUACCGAUGGAAUAGAAAAGAGGAAGAAAGAGAAAUAUACAAGGAAGUAUGUAGCAACAAAGGAGGAAACUGAAUCAGAUGAAGAGGUCAGAGAGGUGAAGAAAACAACUACAUUUGCUAGAGUGGUUAGAAAAACUGUAUCCGGUGAUGCUUCAUUUGCCAAGAAGCUAAAAACACAAGGAGAGCAAUCCAGUAGAACAAGAAUUGACUUGGUUGAACGAGAAAUUGUAGAUGAUACCACUGACAAUCAAGCAGUUGGCAACUCCGAUGAACCUACGCAGGAUCCUCCAAAGAUAGAAAUCAUUGUUGAAAUAAUAGCUACGGAGUUAAGUGAAGCGGGAAAGGGUGAAGGAGAUGGUGAGAAAGGAGAAGAGGUAGUAAAAACUAAAAAAGCUGUGAAGGAGAAGGGUGAAGAGAAAACUAAUGAAGCUCUGGUGAUCAUGACAAAAGCCAUUAUUCCUGAUAAAGGAAAGCAGAUUGCAGUUGAUGAGGAUGAUUUCUCUCAUGGUUCAGUAGAAUUGAGUACCCUCUCCCCUCUUCAAGCACUAAAAUUGGCCACUCUCGUGCAGAUCAAAGCAAGCGAGGACUUACUUAAGUCCACAUUUGAAGAGAAAUAA